CGUGGUGAUGCCAUGCCCCGCCACCACGCGGGAGGAGAGGAGGGCGGCGCCGCCGGGCUCUGGGUGAAGAGCAGCGCGGCGGCGGCGGGCGGGGGGCGCCUGGGCAGCGGCAUGAAGGAUGUGGAGUCCGGCCGGGGCAGAGUGCUGCUGAACUCCGCGGCCGCCAGGGGCGACGGCCUGCUGCUGCUGGGCACCCGCGCGGCCGCGCUCGGCGGCGGCGGCGGCCUGAGGGAGAGCCGCCGGGGCAAGCAGGGGGCCCGGAUGAGCCUGCUGGGGAAGCCGCUCUCCUACACUAGUAGCCAGAGCUGCCGGCGAAACGUCAAGUACCGGCGAGUGCAGAACUAUCUCUACAACGUGCUGGAAAGACCCCGCGGCUGGGCGUUCAUCUACCACGCAUUCGUUUUCCUCCUUGUCUUUGGUUGCUUGAUUUUGUCCGUGUUUUCUACCAUCCCUGAGCACACGAAAUUGGCCUCAAGUUGCCUCUUAAUUCUGGAGUUCGUGAUGAUUGUCGUCUUUGGCUUGGAGUUCAUCAUUCGAAUCUGGUCGGCAGGUUGCUGUUGUCGGUAUAGAGGAUGGCAAGGAAGACUGAGGUUUGCCCGAAAGCCCUUCUGUGUUAUAGAUACCAUUGUUCUUAUUGCUUCAAUAGCAGUUGUUUCAGCAAAAACUCAGGGUAAUAUUUUCGCCACGUCUGCACUCAGAAGUCUCCGUUUCCUACAGAUCCUCCGUAUGGUGCGCAUGGACCGGAGAGGAGGCACUUGGAAAUUACUAGGUUCGGUAGUUUAUGCACACAGCAAGGAAUUAAUCACAGCUUGGUACAUAGGAUUUUUGGUUCUUAUAUUUUCAUCUUUCCUUGUCUAUCUGGUGGAAAAGGAUGCAAAUAAGGAGUUUUCUACAUAUGCAGAUGCUCUCUGGUGGGGCACAAUUACAUUGACCACUAUUGGCUAUGGAGACAAAACUCCCCUAACUUGGCUGGGAAGAUUGCUUUCCGCGGGCUUUGCACUCCUUGGCAUUUCUUUCUUUGCACUUCCUGCCGGCAUUCUUGGCUCAGGUUUUGCAUUAAAAGUACAGGAACAGCACCGCCAGAAACACUUCGAGAAAAGAAGGAAUCCAGCUGCCAACCUCAUUCAGUGUGUUUGGCGUAGUUAUGCAGCUGAUGAGAAAUCUGUUUCCAUUGCAACCUGGAAGCCACACUUGAAGGCCUUGCACACCUGCAGCCCCACCAAUCAGAAGCUAAGUUUUAAGGAGCGAGUGCGCAUGGCUAGCCCGAGGGGCCAGAGUAUUAAGAGCAGACAAGCUUCAGUAGGUGACAGGAGGUCCCCAAGCACCGACAUCACAGCCGAGGGCAGCCCCACCAAAGUACAGAAGAGCUGGAGCUUCAAUGACCGCACCCGCUUCCGGCCCUCGCUACGCCUCAAAAGUUCUCAGCCAAAACCAGUGAUAGAUGCUGACACCGCACUUGGCACUGAUGAUGUAUAUGAUGAAAAAGGAUGCCAAUGUGAUGUAUCAGUCGAAGAUCUCACCCCACCGCUUAAAACUGUCAUUAGAGCUAUCAGAAUUAUGAAAUUUCAUGUGGCCAAACGGAAAUUUAAGGAAACAUUACGCCCAUAUGAUGUAAAAGAUGUCAUUGAACAAUAUUCUGCUGGUCACCUGGACAUGCUAUGUAGAAUUAAAAGCCUUCAAACACGUGUUGAUCAAAUUCUUGGAAAAGGGCAAAUCACAUCAGAUAAGAAGAGCCGAGAGAAAAUAACGGCAGAACAUGAGACCACAGAUGACCUCAGUAUGCUCGGCCGGGUGGUCAAAGUUGAAAAACAGGUCCAGUCCAUUGAGUCCAAGCUGGACUGCCUGCUAGACAUCUACCAACAGGUCCUCCGGAAAGGCUCUGCCUCAGCCCUCACUUUGGCUUCAUUCCAGAUCCCAUCUUUUGAAUGUGAACAGACAUCUGAUUAUCAAAGCCCUGUGGACAGCAAAGACCUGUCCAGUUCGGCGCAGAACAGUGGCUGCCUAACCAGAUCAGCUAGUGCCAACAUCUCCCGAGGCCUGCAGUUCAUUCUGACACCAAAUGAAUUCAGCGCUCAGACUUUCUAUGCGCUUAGCCCUACUAUGCACAGUCAAGCAACCCAGGUGCCAAUGAGUCAAAGUGAUGGCUCCGCAGUGGCGGCCACCAGCAACAUUGCAAACCAAAUAAAUGUGGCACCCAAGCCAGCAGCCCCAACAACUUUACAGAUCCCGCCUCCUCUCCCAGCCAUCAAGCAUCUGACCAGGCCAGAGACUCUGCACCCAAACCCCGCAGGCUUACAGGAAAGCAUUGCUGACGUCACCACCUGCCUUGUUGCCUCCAAGGAAAAUGUUCAGGUUGCACAGUCAAAUCUGACAAAGGACCGUUCCCUGCGGAAAAGCUUUGACAUGGGAGGAGAAACUCUGUUGUCUGUCCGUCCCAUGGUGCCCAAGGACUUGGGCAAAUCUUUGUCUGUACAAAACCUGAUUAGGUCGACAGAGGAACUGAAUUUACAGCUUUCAGGGAGUGAGUCAAGUGGCUCCAGAGGCAGCCAAGAUUUUUACCCCAAGUGGAGGGAAUCCAAAUUGUUUAUAACUGAUGAAGAGGUGGGUCCCGAAGAGGUAGAGACAGACACUUUUGAUGCCACCCCGCAGCCAGCCAGGGAAGCUGCUUUUGCAUCAGACUCUCUAAGGACUGGAAGAUCCCGAUCAUCUCAGAGCAUUUGUAAAGCAGGAGAAAGUACAGACGCCCUCAGCUUGCCUCAUGUCAAACUGAAAUAAGCUCUUUGUUUUCUUUCUAGGCAUAGCAGUUCCUUUAGCCAUACAUAUCAUUGCAUGAACUCUUUUGAAAGCCCUCCUAAAAAGUUGAAAUUGCAAGAAUCAGGAAGAACAUGAAAGGCAGUUUAUAAGCCCGUUAUCUUUUAAUUGCAUGAAAAUGCAUGUUUAGGGAUGGCUGAAAUUCCGAGGUGCAUCGACAUUAACCCACUCAUUUAGUAAUGUACCUUGAGUUUAAAAUCAUCAGAAACCAAACACUGCUAAUGCUAUGGGGUAUAUGAAAACGUCAAGAUUAGGUGAUUUACAAGUUUCAACACUGUACUUUGAAAUUGUGGAAGAAAACACUUUCAAAUUUCAGGCAUUUCUGCUUUGUAACUAAAUACGAAAUACAUUUUCAAAAUUAGGCCAUAAUGUGUAUUUAAACAUAAUGGCUCUCAAUAGCUGCUAACAAGGUAUCAAGUAAAACAGAAUUUGGGAAUAACAGAAAUGGCUGCUUAUUUCAAGAUAUAUUUGCCAACCCAUUUCUAUUCAGUCAUUUUAUUAUUAAUGUAAUUUGAGUGUCAAUUUGUACGCUUUUGGUGAUUUAGCGCUGUGGCAAGCAAUUUUGCACAUUAUUUUCAUGUUGUUCUUUAUGACAAGAAUGUUUUUCAUUUAGAAAAUGUGCAAAUAAUGAAAUUCAGGACCAGCAGGGCAAAUAGACUCACUAUCUGACAUAUUUGACUUUAUGGAAACAUAUUCCCUGAUGGCAGAUUCAACUCUAUAUGAGUAGUCAGCUUCUAUACACAUGCAUGAAACACUGAUGAGUAGAAUAGCCAGUGUGACUGGGCAUCUCUGCAAUGGCACCAACCCCAGGUUUGCCAAUCCUGGCCACGUGAAGGGCAAGUGUGAGGAGCUAUUGCCAUUUAGCCGACACACAGGUAGGACCCUGGGGAAGGGGACAGUUAAGUGGAACUGAGAGGAAAAAAAAAUGCUUAAAAAGAAGCCAGAAAUAACACCAGGAAGUAGACAAUGUUCAGAAAAUUACUUCUCCCUUAAAAGGCAGUGAGAGGGAAGGAGAGAAACAAACCAAAAUAAAAGAAAUCAAUUUUUUGGAUAAUGAGUAUUGCUAGGGAAUUCAACUGCCUAAGCAUCUCUUAUUCUUAUAUAGAAACAGAGAAUUUUGCAAGUUAUUUAUUUUUUAAUAUACCCUGAAUGUCUUUUGCUAUUAUGUAUUACAUUUUUGCAUAUGAAAGGCUAAAACUAAAGGUUCCUUUACUUUUUAUACUGUAGUAAACACUUUGUAUUGUCCCUGAGAAUGUUGUCCCAAAUCUGAAAUUACCAGUUUGGUUUCCUUGUAUAAACAUUCACAAUUAAGAAGCCAGAUAGCACUGCAGGGUCUGCUAAUCACCACACUUUAUAAUAUAUCAGUGCAGCAAAAAGAUCAAGGAAAGGAAAUUUAAAAUGCAUUUAACAGAAAGUGAAAAAUGGCCAGGUGCUGUGGCACACCGUAU